AACCCUAACUAUAAAAAAUCAUCUCUUUCUCAUUUAUUUUUUCCGACUUUUGCUCCAAACCGGCGGAUCACCUCUCUCUUUCUCUCUUUCAAAAAAAGCACUUCGCGCGAAAAAGCAAUGUCGGUGAUGCUCCAGCCAUGCCUCUCAGCCUCAAUGCCUUCUUUCCCCUUCAAACGCACCGUUUUGGUGUGCUGCGCUUCGUCGCAGCAGUCCGACGCUAGGGUCCCCGAGCGAACCAAGGUCCGUCUCGGCCUCCCCAGCAAAGGCUGCAUGGAGUCCGAUACUCUAAGGCUUCUCGAAGUACACAUUGCUUGUCAAUUGCCUGUGAAUCGAGAGAAACCACGACAAUACGUUGGGCAAAUUCCUGAGCUUGCCGAUUUGGAAGUUUGGUUCCAGCGGCCGAAAGACAUCGUCCGGAGAUUGAUAUCCGGAGAUAUAGACCUUGGUAUUGUGGGUUUUGAUAUAGUCAGUGAAUAUGGCCAGGGCAAUGAAGAUCUUAUUAUUGUUCAUGAUGCUCUUAAGUAUGGGGAAUGCCGUUUAUCACUGGCGAUUCCCAAAUAUGGGAUUUUUGAGAACAUAAAUUCUCUAAAAGACCUAGCACAAAUGACUCAAUGGACUGCUGAAAAUCCUCUGCGAGUCGCUACUGGAUUCACCUACCUAGGUCCUAAAUUUAUGAAAGAAAAUGGACUAAAGUAUGUGACUUUUUCAACUGCUGAUGGAGCACUGGAGGCAGCUCCUGCGAUGGGCGUAGCUGAUGCAAUUGUGGACCUUGUGAGUAGUGGAACAACACUGAAAGAAAACGACUUGAAAGAAAUUAAAGGUGGAAUUGUGUUGAAAAGCCAGGCUGUUCUUGUUGCAAGUCGGAAAGCAUUGAUGCAGAGGGAAGGUGCAUUGGACAUAACACGUAAGAUUCUUAAAAGAUUGGAGAAACGUUUGGAGACUGUUGGUCAGUUCAGGGUUUCUGCAAACAUGAGGGGAAGUAGUGCGGAGGAAGUGGCUGAGAGAAUACUGAGUCAGCCAUCAUUAUCUGGACUGCAGGUUGUAGGCAAUGGAGUUCUUGUUUCUCUUUUGACCAACAUUUUUAAUGAAGAGACUCCAAGAUGGUACAAGCUUCUCAAAAAACUUGGACUUUAGUCCAUUGUAGCAAAUGCAUUGAGCAUGUUGUUGUAGUUACGUAGUUGUAUUAAUGUUGAAGAGUUUCUUGUGCUCAUCCCUGCUAGAAGGCUGAGGAGCAUACUUUUCGAGUAGCUUUUUCUUUAAUCCUAAUGCUAUGUUUGGAAGUUUGUAGGGAAAGGAAAGUAGAGGGAAGUAAAGGGGAAUGAUUAGUCUUCAACUUAUUUGGAUAUUUUUAAAAUUAAGUAUGGGGAUGGGAAUAAUCAGCCCUUCCUCUUGUUUGGAUGUUUUAAAAAUUAGAAG